UGUGUCGUGUUUCCAGCCGGUUGUGUUUGACAGUAGGACCGCUUUCCGCUGGAGUGACGUGGUUAGGUGAAGAAAAGGGAGUUUCUUUGUUGGAUUUCAUCUCGGUUUUUAUUUUCAGCUGUUGUGUUUUUUAAUAUACCAUUUUCAUCAGCCGCUGUUAAAGGAGCACGGAAGCUACAUUUGUAGAUACUUAGGUCGAGAUCCUGGGGUGAUAGACAGGAGAGAAACGAAGUGCAUAGAGCGAGCGAGAGAAGAAGAAUCAGAUUCGGGGUUGUUGUGAUUGUCAGGGUGACUCGCCAUGAAGCUGUACAGCCUGAGUGUUCUCCAUAAAGGGGCUUCCAAAGCCAACCUCCUCAAAGCAGCCUAUGACUUGUCCUCCUUCAGCUUCUUUCAGAGGUCCAGUGUGCAAGAGUUCAUGACCUUUACCAGCUCCUUGAUUGUGGAACGUUCAUCGCAUGGAAGCCGGGCAUCUGUCAAGGAACAAGAGUACCUGUGCCACGUGUACGUGCGUAAUGACUCGCUGAGCGCAGUGGUGAUCGCUGACAACGAGUACCCUUCCAGAGUCUGCUUCACUCUGCUCGAUAAGGUAUUAGAUGAAUUCUCCAAGCAGGUGGACAGGAUAGACUGGCCUUCUGGCUCGCCAACUACAAUCAACUACACCGCACUAGACGGCUACCUCGCCAAAUACCAGAAUCCUCGGGAGGCUGAUGCUAUGUCCAAAGUACAGGCAGAGUUGGACGAAACCAAAAUCAUUCUGCACAACACAAUGGAGUCCUUGUUGGAGAGAGGUGAGAAGCUGGAUGAUUUAGUCCAGAAGUCUGAACACUUGGGAAACCAAUCCAAAGCCUUUUACAAAACUGCUCGCAAGCAAAACUCGUGUUGUGAGAUCAUGUGAUCCUCCUCACCAGGCCCACUGGACCUACUGAUCUCUGACUAUCAAGCCUUCUUAACAUUCAGAACCAAGCCUCGAGCACACAGGACACGAGAGCAGACACUUAACAAUCCUUUUCCUCAGGGGAACGGGCGGGCAGGGGGGAGAUUAUUUGACAUCUGUCUUUUACUUCCGGGAGCUUUAAAAGCUAGGGGAGGCCAGUGUGAGAUAUACAUGAAGUUUUUAUCUGAUUUAAGAACAUUAAAAUGAUUUUAAAUUAAUUCCUUAAAUACAAAGGGGGCUGAUUUGAAAGAGUGCGCCACAUUCCUGCAAGUUUGUUUGUUUGUUUGUUUGUUUUUUUUGUUCUUCCUAUUGGCGGUUUUAACUGUGUUCAUUACUAUAUCAGAUUCUGUAUUCAUCACUACAAAGUUGUUGCCUAGAGCAUUAUCUUGCCCAUUUACCCGGUUUCCUGUUUGAAUUGCAGUGAUGUACUUGGCAGAUAAUUUGUAUUUGUUGUAUGUUUAGUUUUUUCAAUUGCUCUGCACAAUGGAAAUUAACUUAAUGAACAACAAUCUGGCAAGCAGGAAAUCUUCCUAAGUAUAAAUGCUUUAUUAAAAGCCACGUUACCUACCUAUCUUUUAAACUAGCCUCUUGUCUUGCGUAUUGCGGUUUAGUCCAAGUAGCUUGACGAUGUCAUUGCUUUACAGAAGUGAAGUGGAUUAUCUGCUCAUAGUUAGGAUGGCAAGAAUUAAAACACAUCUUUCCCACACGCACACGACAUCUGGAUCAUUGCAUAAUGCAGCUUGUGUGUGCUUUCACUGCAGAUGCAAUCUUUACCAUGAUAGUCCUUUUACAAGCAUACAUGUUUUAUUAUAAAUCAAACACACACUGUUGAAGCCUGCAAUGUAGAACAUAAUUUGCAUGAUUUUAUUUAAUCUGGUUUUCCAUUUUAUGUCCUCAUUUAUUAGUUUUUGCAAACAUGGAGUUUUGGCAAGCAUAUUUUACUAUACCAUGGAUCACCAUCAUAUUUUACUAACUCUGAGCAUGGUGGAAUUUCUGUAGCCCAGUAUAAAAAUGACCACUAGAGGUGUGCACCAUUAAUUUCUUCCCCACUGAAACUGUAAUUUUAAACAUUGCAGACAAACUCAUGGUCUCGGUGAAAAAGAAAUUACCGGUGCACACUCCCAGUGGACUUCUUUUAAAACUGGCUUAAUUUUACAAAUUUCAGCUUGCCCAAUGUCCAUGAGAACAGCAAGAGCAAUAUAUGAUGAUAAAGGACACACAUAAUGGUAACAUUUACAGAUAAAAAAAAAAAAAAAAGAGUAAUGCAAAUCCACUCAAAUCUAUUUUCUUACCUUGCACAGUAUUGAAGCUGAAGAUCUUUUCUUCUUUGUUUUCUAUUCUAUCUUGUUUUUUUCUUACAAGUUAUCUUAAGCAAUUUGCAAGGAAGUCACUUCAUUCUUUCAAAUCGGUCCCCUGAUCCUCUCUGUUCGGGACUGUUUCCCUGAGCUGGACCUGUUCAAAUCUCUUUCAAACCAGACUGGUCUCUACAUGCAUAGAUACACUGUUUAAAAUAUUGAAGAAAAGUAAUCUUGUGUAGCUAUAAUUAACUAAUUUUGUUUUUGGGGUUGUCCAAUUCAUUAAUUCCUUUUUUUUUUUUUCUGUUACCAAUGAAAACUCAUGACAGCCUGCAAUCCCUCACAUUUUUCGUGUCUGAAUAUUCUUUCAAAUCAUACCUAUUCCAUCAUUUUUUAUUUUGAGUAAAAAUGGAAGUUACCACAGAGAAAUAUCUUAGGAGUACAAUUAACCACUGUAUCCCACUGGAAUUCUGUUCUUAGCAUAAUCAUUUUAUUUAAAACCUGGUGGUAUAGUACGGUCUACAGUAAGGCUGAUCCAUCCUGAAGGCAGCCUCUUUGAAUAUUCAAAGGUCUCUCCCAGCACCCAGCUUUUCUGGGGUGUGUGGGGGUUGAUUUACUUUUUUUUUUUUUUUUUUUUUUUUUUUUUUAAUGAUGGUUAAGUGCAUCAGCACAAAAUUAGAUUGUUACAAAUGUAAAAAAAUGUAUAAAAGAAACAUUUUAAAGGAAGAUACAUUGCAGGACCUAGCUGAUCUUUUUUUUUUUUUUCCCAUUAAUUAUGUGAUGAUUCCAGCAAGAGGCUUAACAAAAACUCCAUGUAUUUCUGCUGUUGGUUCCUGUGUAAUUUGGCUGUGUGUGUGUUUGGUGUCUGUAAGCGUGUGUGUGCGUGACUGUACUUACUAAUGGACAGUGUUUGUGACAUGGGCACAAUGCCCCAGUACUAUUGCUGUUAAAUUGUAUGUGCUGUGUGCAAUAUUUUUACACUCUUGCUAUUCUGGUGUCUGCUUUACAAUCUUGUGCCCAUAGGCUUUCAUUAAAGUCUUCUGGAUUGUUAAAGAGCAUGUGUAGAAAAUAGUGCCUCUACCAGGCCUUGCAGUGACCAGUUGACUCCGGGUGGUGCCAAUGUCAACCAUAAACUUGGACUGCAAACAGCCUGAAACACGGGUUGAAUCGGAAACAUUUUUCAAUUCCAAAACUGGUCACAUUGUUCAGCUGCAAAUUUUGAGAUCUAUCUUUAGGUAUUGCUUGAAGCUGGUGAAAAAAAAGACUGAAAUAUUGUAUAAUUUAAAAAGUUGUGGAAAGACAAUCGAUUCCCUUUGGAUAGCAGUUUGAGCCAUUCCAGAGAUUACACUGCGUGUACAUACAUUUGAGUGUUGCAUACAUACUGUUGCUGGACCCCUAUGUGAAUCUCUUUUGAGAAGUUAAAGGAAGUGUGUGGGCACAAGGUCAUAUCACAGCAGAGUUAUAUAUUGUGUUCAGUUCUGGUCACCUCGUUACAAAAAGGAUAUUGCUGCUCUAGAAAGAGUGCAAAGAAGAGCAACCAGAAUUAUCCCGGGUUUAAAAGGCAUGUCGUAUGCAGACAGGCUAAAAGAAUUGAAUCUAUUCAGUCUUGAACAAAGAAGACUACGCGGCGAUCUGAUUCAAACAUACAAAAUCCUAAAAGGUAUAGACAAUGUCAACCCGGGGGACUUCUUUGACUUGAAAAAAGAAAAAAGGACCAGGGGUCAUAAAUGGAGAUUAGAUAAAGGGGCAUUCAGAACAGAAAAUAGGAGGCACUUUUUUACACAGAGAAUUGUGAGGGUCUGGAACCAACUCCCCAGUAAUGUUGUUGAAGCUGACACCCUGGGAUCCUUCAAGAAGCUGCUUGAUGAGAUUCUGGGAUCAAUAAGCUACUAACAACCAAACGAGCAAGAUGGGCUGAAUGGCCUCCUCUCGUUUGUAAACUUUCUUAUGUUCUUAUGUUCUUAUGUUCUUACUCCGUUUGGGAAUUGUACCACCAUUUUGUUCUCGUUUUUUUUUUUCUGCUUGGAAAAGACUGUUUGGUUCCAUAGCAUUUAACACCAUAGAAAGUAAUCUUUUAAACUUACCCAAAUUCUGAUCUUCAUGGUAUCUGUAAACCAAAAAAAAAAAAUCCAUUCUAUUAAUCUACAUUUUCAUUUUCC